AUGGAGUUUGUGGGACAUGGUCGUGGCGACUUUGCGAAGGAGAAGGUCACUGUGAGUUCUGGUGUGCGGUUUCGAGCAGUGUGCGCAGCCUUCCUUUGCUUCCUGCUCUUCGUGAUCCUCGGGCUUUUGAUAUACUUGUUCAUGCCCAAUGUCUUCUUCACCCCCGGGGCCGAUGAGAUCGCGUCAGCUACGGACAUCUGCACGCAGUCGAUGACCAUGCAGGGCACGGUGGUCACCCCUCUCCAGAGGGAGACCUGCUGCGCGCAGGGCUACCCCUCUUUCUGCGCGACACCCACGACGAAGGCACCGAUGAUUAUCCAUGACAAGUACUACACCAACGUCAAGACCGAGCACGUCGCACAUGUGGUGCCGGUGCCGAUUCCUGGUCCACCCCCGAAGGUCAUCACGCAGAAGGUGUACGUGAAGCACCAUCCUUACGACUGCACCGAAGGUUAUGGUAGCUGGAAGACGCAGUGGUCUCACGAGCACCAGCGUUACUGCUGCUACAAGUUCAAGGAGUCCUGCACGACGAAGGUCCAGUACAAGAACCACUACAAGACCAUUACCCACAUCCAUCACGUCACUGUGCCAGUGAAGGUCACGAUGCCGGCCCCGCCACCUGAACAAAUCAACCACGUGGUGAAGGUUCCCGUGCACGACCCUGCCCCGCUGAUCAAGAUCAAGACGGCUGGCCCGCCCCACAUCGUGAACAAGAUGGUUACGCAGAAGCACUAUGUGCCGGAGCCCUACCGCUACAAGCCCGUGGCCGUUCCGGUGCGCAUGCCUGGCAAGGUGGUCCACGUGCCGGUUCCGAUGGCUCCCAAGACCAUCUACAAGGAGAUUCCCAUCACGAAGGUUCAGCACGUGAUUCAAAAGCGCUACUACGACUGCGUCGCUGGCAUCAAGAACUGGAACUAUGGCUGGUCCAAGUCCAAGAAGAGCUGGUGCUGCAGCCACGAGCAGAAGGGCUGCCCCGGGACUUGGGAUGGAAACGGCCUGCAGAAGACCAUCGUCACAGCAGUGACGCAGCACGUUGGCCAUGCCGUGCAUGUCGUGCACCAUGUGGUACAUCACUAUCACUAUCACUCCGACUCCGGUGAUGCCGUCGAUGAUGCCACGCUGCCGGAUGGGACGGACCUCAGUGGUGACGACGCCUCGCUGCCACCAGACUUCGUCGGCGGGGACGACGCCACGCUGCCGGAUGGCACAGACCUUAGCAGUGACGACGCCUCAUUCCCACCCGGCUUCGUCGGCGGGGACGAUGCCUCGCUGCCGCCGGGCUUCAGCGAUGACAUGGGCGCGGACGGUGACCUCAGCGGUGGCUCCUUCGGAGGCUCCAUCCACGGCAGCUCCUGGAGCAGUGGUUCUGGCCAUGGCGGCUCCUUCCACCACAGCAGCAGCUCGUGGAGCAGCGGUUCCAGCCAUGGAUCCGUACAUGGCGGAUCCUUCCACCACAGUAGCUCCUGGAGCAGCAGCUCUGGCCACGGAACUGUCCACCACGGAUCCUUCCGGGGAUCCCUCCACCACGCGCGGGAUGCGGCUGAUGCCAAGCAGUGA